AUGUUUUCAUAUUCGUUCAAGGCGCGGCUACUAAUGCCUAAAUUAGUAUUUGUGGUGCGCCACACAUCACCCGAUCAGCAGAAGGAGGAGCUGGCGGAAGCUGCAUGUCAUCGUAACGGAACUGCAAAUGAUAUUAAUGAGGGCGAUAUUGUUGCUUCAACUGCACAAAUACCAGAGACUCCGGUACAUUUCCCCUCAUUUCACCUAUCGGUUUUACCGCCCACAAGUGGUAUUCACAGAUCAAAUGUGCGAGCGCUGCUUGUGGAACAUGUUAAAGACGAUUUUCGGCAUCAUGUGGUGAAUUCAUGGGCACAAGCCGCACCACGUCAAGUUGUUAUUAUUGGUUGCCAAAGUACUGCUUACCUCCGGCGGUUGCUCUCAAUGGGGGAUGAGUACAGUUUUCUCAUUAUGGACCGCAUGUUAUCGAGGUUAUUAACAGCUGCCGAGUCAUUAGUGCCGGAGUUUGGCCCACGCACGCAAUUUGUUCGUAGUGAUGCCUUUUUUUUGUUACAACAACUUUUGCCACCAUCCGUAGCGGACACAUGUGUUGUUCCCAUGCCAGUACCCUUUUGGUCGGAGCAGAGCAGCCAUCAACGGCUUGUGACGCGUGAUUUCUUUUGUGUUAUUCAUCGGAUACUGAAAGAGCGGGAGUCGCCUACGGACCCGCGUGGUUUCGUAACAUUUACUGAUGCCGUUCCUCUUGCUGAGUUUAUGAUGGAACAAUUAAUGGAGAGUCGGCUCAUUGUGCCGUGGGUGCGUAAAAAUCCUGCAGAGACGUAUGGGCGGUGGCUGCCGCUGGUGAGUGAAGGGGUUAACGAUGAAUUUAGCGCUCAACGGCGACUGGAGGGCUUAACUGCGCUCGCAGCAUCAAAAAGUGGCCCGACAUCGCCCCAAGCCGAUGCAGUCAUUCAGUCACUUGAAUAUAAGCGGCGUUAUUAUCGAGCGCUUUCAUUUCCAGCGGAGGGGUGA